AUGGAGAAAGCGAGCAAUAACCAAACUACUCAGGCGGGUACCAGUAAAACUGGAGAAUCCCGUGGUGUGUCGACAGAUGCUUCAGAGGCAACUGUGGACACACUCAGCCCAAUCGUAUCUGAGGGGGCAAUUGAUCGCUGUUUAGUAAGAUUGGAGAGAAGUGAGGAGGCGGAAUCACAACUUGAGUCUUUAAUGGACGACACUACGAUGAGCCUGAGCUCAUCCAAUAUGUUGAGCUGUAAUAAUAGAACGGGUGCUACCCUGAUACCAUCCAGGAAACCCAUAUGCGAAAAGAGGGUACGGUCGCCUGAAGGGUGUCAAUAUAACUCUGACUCUCUUAGUGACAAGUCAGCUGCACCGUUACCCAAAGUACCUAAGACAAGAGGAAGGCAAAGAUAUCCAACAUCAGCCAUAAGAAGUAUUGGUCUUAGUAAGGCCACUAAGAAGUUGGCAGCUGCCAAGCGUGGCGAGCAGCGAAAAGAGGUUGAAGAAUGCGCUGAAAGUGAAACGGUAAAGCUCGUUGAGGAUUAUCACCUAGCUAGAGCUUCUUGCCUUACUGAUUCUUCUUCUAUUAUUGAGACCGAGACUGGAGAGAUGUCUCAUGGCGUUAGAAAUGUAAUUUUGCAAUUAGCUUCCAUAGUUAGCAAUGUCGAAGUCAAGUCAAAAAACAUUAAAGGGACGUUCAGAAAAAGUCUAAAAGAGGUAGUAGCUGGAUUGAUGGACCUAGGUGAAAGAGUUCAUCGUGCAACUGCUUCCGAGGAGACGGCGAGAUUGGAGCGUGAGGUAGCCUCAAAAGAUGCGGAGCUAAGACGCAUGAAAGAGAAGUAUGAAAGAGUGGAGGCUAUGAAUGCCCGCAUGUUUACGGAGUUAGCGGAACUCCGAAAAGAGAUGGCAGCUCUGCGUGAGGAAUCAAAGCGUGAUGAUGGAGAACGCGAGCGCAGACUUAUGGUUCAAUUUGGAGAAUUGGUCAAUGCUCGUUUUGAAGCCGUUGAGUCUCGACUUCUGCCAGAAACUCGCAUGAGACCACCGCUUGCAGCGGAUAGAGCGCGAAAAGAGGGAACAGCGAAAGCUAAUCCAACUCAAGAUAGGUCGCAGGAUAAGAACAAAUCCAAGAAGACAAGGGGUUCGUCUGAUGCUCAAUCACAACGGCAAGAUUCUGUUGCUGUAGCAUCUGCAUCCCUCUCUAAGAAUAGUAAAAGGAAGAAGAAAACUGUGAAAAGAAAUACAGCGGUAGUUCAAACACCGAUCUCAACAGUCGAGCAUCACUCGGUUCCUACUGCUGAAAAUAUCAGAGAAGUUAGCUGGACAACAGUUGUGAAACGUGGUAAAACAACCCAGAAAAAUCAGCAGGGUAAUAAGCGUGCACAAUCUUUGCGGCAAAAAGCUGCAAUGUUGCAUCCCCCAAGGUCUGCAGCGAUAGUUUUAACGUUGCUUUCAGAGGGUGUGAGCAGAGGUUUGACAUACGCUAGUAUAAUUUCUGAAGCGAAAAAUAGAAUUGAUUUAGCUAGUCUUGGAAUCGAGUCUGUACGAUUUAAGCGAGCUGCUACUGGAGCCGCCAUUAUUGAGAUUCUUGGUGUGACUGGCGAGGAGAAGGCUGAUCUAUUGGCCGAUAAACUUAAGGAAGUUUUGAAUGACAUGGAGGUUAGAAUCACCCGACCCACAAAAUGUGCAGAAUUGCGCAUCUCCGGGUUGGACGACUCGACCACUUCCGAGGAAGUCACUGCUGCUAUCGUCAAGACUGCUGGCUGUCUUCCAGAGAUGAUAAAAAUUGGUACCAUCCGACGCGGUCGGUCGGGUACGGGUACAGUAUGGCACGUGUUCAGCUUCUUGAGCAAAGAAAAAGGCGCUGUUUCCGAUGCUUUGAAGUCGGACAUGUUCGAGACAAUUGCAAAUCUGAAGUGGAUCGUGGAGCACAAUGUUACCGUUGUGGUGAAUUGGGACAUAAGGCAAAGGAUUGCAUGGCUUCGCCACACUGUACUCUAUGUGCUUCAGUUGGCAAAUCAUCGGGUCACUCUGUUGGCAGCCGAGCGUGUGGGGCUUCCAAAAGAAUGCGACAUCGUUCAGCUGUGGUUGUUGAACAAACACAGCGGCCUGAUGUUGAGAUGGUACCAGAACAUCUUACAUAAGAUGGCUCUACGAUAUUUGCAAGCGAAUAUAAACCACUGUGCGAAAGCUCAGGACCUCCUGGUCCAGAGCAUGAUGCAGUGGCUGGUGCAUGUUGCAGUGAUUGCGGAACCAUAUUAUAUUCCUAACUGUAAUGAGUGGCUUGCUGAUAACGAUGGUCUUGUGGCUAUUGUUGUUAAAAUGGUCGAUGACAUCCCACCCCUUCGAAGUACUAUAAGAGGUCAUGGUUGGGUCGCGGUGAUUCUAGGUGACACGCUUAUAAUUGGAGUGUAUUUUUCUCCCAACAGACCUUUGUCUGAAUUUGAAGAUUAUCUCCUGGAGCUGGAAACAGUCAUUAGACAAAACAACUACCGUCAGGUGCUUGUAGCUGGCGAUUUCAACGCUAAAUCGGUGACAUGGGGAUCGCCGGCAACUAGUGCACGUGGGGCAGUUCUGGACGAAUGGAUAGUAGCUAUCGGGUUAGUUGUUAUGAAUCAGGGUUCCAUAAAUACUUGCGUGCGGCAACAGGGUGGAUCUAUCGUGGAUAUCACGCUUGCAUCUUCCUUGUUAGCUAGCCGUGUACAAGACUGGAGAGUACUUGAGGAUGUAGAGACUUUGUCUGACCAUAGAUAUAUUAGGUUUGACAUCUCCACCGUACAAGUCACUUGCCAGACCCAAAGUUCCUAUUCGAGAGACAAUCCUAGGUGGUCAUUAAAACGCCUCGAUCGCGACGCGUUACGGGUUGCAGCGAUUGUUCAGGCUUGGGUAUCGCCGCCACUUGACGGUAGUACUGUAGAUGUUGAAACUGAGACUGACUGGUUCCAGCAAGCGCUGUCACAGAUUUGUGAUGCAGCCAUGCCCCGGGUCAGGUCUUUGCCUCCUAAGCGCCAGGUUUACUGGUGGUCUGGGGAUCUUGCAACACUGCGUAGUGCCUGUGUGAGGGCAAGACGCCUGUAUAGCCGGUUACGUCGACGCCGUCACCGUGAUGAGGAAAUGGAGAAUCAGCGUUAUGCAGAAUACCGGGAGGCAAAAAAUAAAUUGAAGAUAGCCAUGGAAAAGGCGAAGGUUAAGGCACGAGAAGAAUUUUUGGAAACUCUUUCUAGAGAUCCAUGGGGCCGACCGUACAGGUUGGCGUUGUGCAAACUGCGCUCCAGGGGUCCACCAUUAACAAAAAUCCUAGAAACUGAUUUCCUAGAUAGUGUAGUAGGGACCUUGUUUCCGAUCAGGGAUGAAAUUGUACCUCCCGUAAUGGCUCCUUCCCUGUUAGAGCAAGAUGUUAGUGAUGUGCCAGUGGUUUCGGAAGCGGAAUUUAACCUAUCGCUGUUGCGACUUCGUGCUAAGAAUACAGCCCCUGGUCUUGACG